GUUUCGAAAUGAAACAAAUCGGAUUUCUACUGUGCUUAGUGGUAUGGACCAGUAUUCGAGUAAGUGCAGGUCCCGUGAGUUCAGAGCAGGAACAGAUCCGAACAGCUUUACCAUGGCUUCUACUACUGGGAUACCCGGGAGCCCUGGCACAGGUUCCCAUCCGCCGACCGCAAGAUGAGACAAUCACCGGCACAAACAGUGCGAUUAUAAGGCAACCACAGUCGGAUGAGAUGGUGAACUCUCAGCAGUCGAGUAAUUUGGUACGCGAGCAAUUCCUGCAAGGAAUUCUACAGGGACUACAGCAGUCAGGAGCCGGAACGGGUGCACCCACAAUUUCCCCCGCUUUGCUGGCAGACUUUGUUGCUCAGGCCACCACAACAACUCGGAAGCCGGCGGUUGAGAAAGAUUUAAACGGUAACGAUGAGGACUACGACUAUAUAGACUUUAAGAACGGAUCUCGCAUUAAAUAUGAUUUGGACGAGGUUGAGCAGCCGGUAAACAAAAUUCUUCAGCAGACUACAAGCCGUCCAGCUACGGCUCGCCCGCAAAGCAGUGCAAGCGUCCUCUUUUAUACACCUCCAACUAGAUAUGUAUACUACAGACCUAUAUAUAGGCCUGCCUCAUAUUACUACCGAGUUGGCUAAGCAAAUAUUACUAAUCAGUGGAGAUCAAUAAAGAUAAAUUAGUCUAUUAGCGAUGUCUUGUAAUAAAGGCCCGUUAAGUAGAACUUUCGUAUUAUGACAGGCCAUUAGUCCGCUAAGUUAUGCGAAAUAAGCUUUCGGUUCACUUCUGUGAUUUCACUAUUCAAAACAAUAAAAAUUCAAAUUACCGAUUCGGAUCAUCACCAA